UGAACGCUUCCUCACUCCCGGACCAAAGGGUGCAGCAGGCUGUACUCCAGAACGCAGCGCUCAGUUUUCAUUUUUUUUUUUUUUUGUUUGUUUGUUUUGUUUUUUGUUUUUACAUUUAAACUGCGUGAGGUGAAGUCUGGCACGGGUGUCAAUUUAAACAACAACUACUACCACAAUGCCUGUUAAGAACAGACUAUGCUUCAUAGUGAUUUUGAUCCCUGUAUUGUUGCUGGUUGCGCUCUUCACCGUGUGGACCCCAUCAAGAGGCUUAGAAGUUGACGUCCAACCAAGGCAGGGCAGCCCAAUCCAAAGACUCCUCAGUGUGAAAAUUCAACAUAUCAUGAGUGAUUAUUCUGAUAUUUCUUUCCAGAUCAAAGAAGACGUGGCACGUCAGUUGGCUCAGAAUGCAUGCGUGUGCCAGGCUGGAAAGGAAACCUUUCGCCUACCGUUCUCUGAUCUGCUCUACCCUCGUGUUUGGGCUCACAACCUUCAGCAUGCAUUCUUAGAAAAGAAACCUGAUCCUCAGGGUGUAGAGCAUCAAAGAGCGGAGGAGUACCACCACUUUCUGAGAAGGUCCUACUCUCCAGCAGAUAUGCUCAUUAUUGCCGAGGCAAACAAUCCUCUUCAGUAUCCCACCCAAGGUGUGGAGGUGCCACCGCUCAAAACUAUUAUCAUCCCAGGUCUGAGUCUCAGACAGGAAGGAAAAAACAACUAUAUGGUGAAUUUGACAGCAACACUGGGGACCUUUGAUGUUGCUGCUACAGUGGACAGAGUCUCUGUUAGAGGAAUGGGUGAAAAGCAUAUAUCACUGUCUAGUCCGGAUCUCUCUGCUCUAAACAGGCAGCUCCAGUUUGUCACAUACACCAACACCGUGUUUCAUCCAAAGACGGCAGACUCAGUUCAGUUUGGAACUGAAGGUCAUCAGUCAUAUUUUACCAUCAAUGUUGGACAUAGAGUUGUUCCAAAACUGUACAACUCUGGAAAAAGUAAAGGUUAUAACAUUACCUCUCUGGUUACCAUUGCCACUAAGACCUUUUUGCGCUACGACAAACUGAAAGAUCUCAUUGACAGUAUAAGGCAGUUUUACCCCACCAUCACCAUAGUUAUUGCAGAUGACAACGAACACCCAAAGCCAGUGACUGGUGCUCAUAUUGAGCAAUACAUUAUGCCAUUUGGAAAGGGCUGGUUUGCAGGAAGAAACCUGGCAGUGUCUCAAGUGGCUACCAAGUAUGUGCUCUGGGUGGAUGACGAUUUCAUCUUUACUGCAAAUACCAAGCUGGAAAAGAUGGUGGAAAUCUUGGAGAAAACGACCCUGGAUCUGGUCGGUGGUGCGGUGAGAGAAGUAACUGGUUACACUGCCACCUACCGUCACACAAUUUCAGUGGAAGAAGGGGGAAAGGAUGGCAACUGUUUACAUAUGAGGAAUGGAUACCACCAUGUAAUUGAGGGAUAUCCCAACUGUGUAGUAGCAGAUGCCGUAAUCAACUUCUUUAUGGCUCGAACGGACAAAGUUCGAGAGGUUGGCUUUGACCCCCGCCUGUCAAGAAAUGGCCAUCUAGAGUUUUUUAUAGAUGCUCUGGGCACCAUGCACAUUGGCUCCUGCAGUGAUGUGAUCAUUAACCACGCAUCAAAGAUCAAGCUGCCGUGGACUAAAACAGAAGCACAGAAGACCUAUGAGCAAUUCAGAUACUCCUCAACAAAUGGAGAUAGUGACCUUCAUAAUGAAGUCUUCUAUUUUAAGAACAGGUUCAAGUGCAUGACCAGCCAAUAAAAAAGUGAGCUUCCACUGUUCUGAAAAACUGUUAUUCUUUGGUAAAAGUAUAACAGAAAAACUGAGCCAAAACCGGUUACCUCCAGUUUAAGCCUGUUUUUGCUGUUUGGUAAAAAAAUAAUAAUAAUAAUAAUAAUUCUUGCCUCUGUCAGUCUACCCCAGGGCAGCUGUGGCUUCUAACAUUGCUCACCACUGUCAGAGUGUGAAUGUGUGUGCGAAUGGAUGAAUGACUGACUAUCGUGUAAUGCACUUUGGGGUUGUCAGAAUGGUUAAAGUGCUAUACAAGUACAAGCCAUUUACCAUUCCAUCUUAUGGCUGGGGAUUUUCUUAUAAACUGUUAUAACAAUCCAGCUGAUUGUUGUUGUGUGAAGCACUCAUCCUUUUAUUGCCAUUUUUACAAUGCCAACGUGUGUUGUUUAUUUUCUUUGAAUUUUAUAUAUGGAUUUGUAAAGUGAAAUUCACUGCCUGUGCUCCAUGUGGGCUAUUUAAAUUCCAGGUAAGCUCUAACUUUGUGUUUUCUAAAUGUGUACUUUUUGUGUGAAUGUACUAUUAUUGUAUAUACAGAUAUAUCUAAAAAAAAGAUUAGAAUACUGAGAGGAAAAAAAUCCUGCAUUUACUUGCCACUUGAUUCGGAAAGUGGUAUAGCCUAACUAAUACUGCUCAAAAGAUUCAGAAGAAUGCUUUAAAAACGCAACAGAGCUCAACUGGGAGAAAAAAAAAUCAUGGGGGAUCUCUGGUGGCAAGCAAUGGAGUAGCAAGUCACAGGCUCUCGCUAACUCUUUGUUCUUUAACAGCUAGUCACCUGUUUGCUCCAUAAGCUGGCUUUCAAGUUUGGCAUGGAAAAAGGGUGAGGUGCUUUACAGAUUUAUAUUUCCUGAACAAACAAAAAAAAUUGGAAUGGCAUCCAGACUUUUUUUAAGGUUUCUGCAAGUCAGAUAUUAAUUGUGAAGCAUGAGUUCACAGUUACCCCGUACACCUCCAGAUAAUCCUCUUGAUACCUUUCUAUCAAUAAAACCCUACUUUAAAAGCAGUUUGGGAACAAGAUCUCCAUUCCACCAUCCCUGGCAAUAUGCAGAACUCUAUUAUGGCUCAGGUGCAUUCAUCCUUAAUGUUCACUCACAAGCCACGUACUUCAACAUUUUAAAGUUGUCCAACGGUUACACUUCUCCAACAUCAAACUGCGCCGCAUUGACCUGAAUCUGGACCUGACGUGUGUCAGGUGUAGGAGUGCACCUACUACAUUAUUAUUAUGUUUUGGCCUCUCUGGCUGAUUUCUGGAAGUCAAUCUGUCAUACUUUAUCUGAAAUUUUGCACUGUAAGAUUGGGCCAAACUCCUUCGCUUUCUUUGGAGUUGCCCUGGACCUAGACUUACCAAAGACCAUUCAUUUAUUCAUCAAUUACUAGCUAUCUUGUUAUGGUGGAAAGAUCCGGCUCCCCUUCUCAUUCACAUUGGUUGAGGGAUAUAUGUAUAAACUUAGAAAAGCGGUUCUGAAAAUAGAAUUUACCAAGUCUGCCCCCCUUCGUGUGUGUGUGUGUGUGUGUGUGUGUGUGUGUGUGUUGUAGAGAUUUGUUAAUGGGUUAAAAUUUACUGAAAAUAGUUUGUUCUACAAUGUAUUUCUAAAAAUCAAUAAAAAGGCUGAAUUAUUGCAAAAUUUGACAGCAUGAGCUUUUAUUUAAAAAUCACAAAAUGCCUCAUCAGUAAGAAAAAGUAAUUGCAACGUUUAACCACCAGAGGGAAACAAAA